UGCCACUUUUGCGGCGGCCGCUGGGUUGGGCCGAGGGGGUGGCUCCCUUUUGCGGAUCAGCUGAGCGGCGGCUCGACCGAGAGGGAGCGUGCCCGCCCGCCCGCCGCCGUGCUGGUGGGACGCGCGGAGAGGCCAAGGCGGCUGGCUGCGGGUGGUAACCUUUGUGAACCUCUUGUCUAUGAUCUCCGUGGGUGUUAUAAUCAGCCAUGGCGUACCGUGAAGGCACUGCUGGGGAUCCAAACCAGUUAGCACAGCGUAUAACAUCCAAUAUCCAGAAAAUCACACAAUGCACUGCGGAAAUACAAAGAGUACUGAAUCAACUUGGAACACCACAAGACACACAUGAAUUGCGGCAACAGCUGCAACAAAAGCAGCAGUACACAAACCAACUUGCCAAAGAGACAGACAAAUACAUUAAAGAGUUUGGACUGCUGCCUUCAAUAACUGAACAGCGUCAAAGAAAAAUACAGAAGGACCGACUUGUGAAUGAGUUUACUACAUCACUUACAAACUUCCAGCGGGUCCAAAGACAAGCUGCUGAGAAAGAGAGAGAAUUUGUAGCCAGAGUGCGAGCCAGCUCUAGAGUAUCAGGUGGUGCCCCAGAGGACAGCUUCAGAGAAGGAACACUGGUGUCUUGGGACAGCCAACCUCAGACACAAGCACAAGAUGAAGAAAUCACAGAAGAUGACCUUCGUCUCAUUGAGGAGAGGGAGUCUGCCAUCAGACAGCUUGAGUCAGACAUUCUGGACAUAAAUGAAAUAUUUAAAGAUCUGGGAAUGAUGAUUCAUGAACAAGGAGAUGUAAUAGAUAGCAUAGAAGCCAAUGUAGAAACAGCUGAAGUCCACGUUCACCAAGCAAAUCAGCAGUUGGCUAGUGCAGCAAAUUACCAGCGCAAGUCCCGCAAGAAAAUGUGUAUCAUCAUCGCUGUACUUGCUGUGGGAGUUACUGUCUUGGCCCUGAUCAUAUGGCUCUCAUUAAAAUGAGGUGUUAAAGGAUGCAGGACGGUUUCCAGCCAUGUCUCACCAUGAAAGCUGUUCAGUAAAUGGCAUGUUCAUCUUUAUCACUUCUGCUUUCUCACAACAUGCAUUUUUAAUCCAGGAGGUCCUUUUCCCCCUUCAGCUUGCAGAGUAGGAUUAAUUUGAAUUUACAGCCACCAUUUAACCUGCCAGGUGUAGUCAGCUUCUUAUAUGGUGCCUGCUUUUCUCUUUGCUUGUUUUUUACCUCCAGGCCAGGUUGCACAGAUGACCAGGUAUGAGGUUUGCACACCUGGAGUCGUGUCCUGUGGAUGAAGCAGGUUGCGCUUUUUGCACACAAAGGCGAGGUCACUUAGCUGCUCCUUGAAGGCCUUGGGGAGGGACUUGUGAGCAGGCUACAAGUCAGACUCCAAUUUAACCCACAGCCUUUUAGGGGCAGUGUAACUUACUAGAAUAAAUCACUUUCAGACACGGUUGCUGUCUCUGUGCUAAGGAAAUUUGACAUCGCAGCUCCUCCUCAAGAUGCUCUACAUCCUGUCCCAUUGAAUCAUUCCACCGAUUAGUAUCUGUUCACCACUCUGUUCAAUCUGUGCGUAAGUCAGGUUGCUGCAGGUUGAUAGUAAUUGUUCUGUGGUAAUCUUUCCAAAGCCUUUGGAUGAUUAAUUCUGCAGUUUCUCUUUUGCUCUCUUUCUCUUUCUCUGUAUUUGGUAUAUAAAACUGAUACUGGGUAUCAGCAAACUUGGCAUAGCCUCAGAUAACAAGAAGGGUUUGAUCCAUGUAGACUGUGUGUUUAUGUGUACCUUUAAUGGUAGGACGUGGGGAGAAAUUUAAAAUUAGCUAAGAUUGCACCUUAAUGUAUGCAUGCAUUAGGUAUUUGAAGUAUAUGGGCAAAUUUAAUUAACGAUCAGCAAAUUUGGCUCUGCACUUUCCUCUGAUCUCAAUAUCUGAUAAUCUAUGCACACAUAACUGGGAAACAGUUUGUGUGUCAGGGCACAGCUAGAUGAGACAGAAGGAGAUUCAUGAUCCGAUAAGGUCACGGAGCUUAGGACCGGUGGGCUUUUCUCCUUGGCCUCCGCAGGGCUCCUGUCACUGCCCAGGUUGAAGAAAGUUGUACAGAUUAGGAAUGUGAUAGAGGAGAAAGACUCAGCCCCUCACUGCUCCAUGGCCACAAUCUGAUGGGACUUGGGGAUGCCUCUGUAUUUCUCUUACUUAAAAAGGAGACCUCAUAGUGACUUUCCUGCUAUCUUGUCUGUAUUGGCUUAAGGUGGUCAUCAGCAAAAAAAAACCAAAUUUAGUUCUACUUGAAUUGCAAAGAGCAGCAGCCCAUAUGAAAAGCAUGCCCUGUGUUUCAUUUUUAACAAAUUCCUUUCCCCAUCAUGUCCAUAUACAGCAUUUUGAAAGCGUUGACUACCGAAUAAUUAAAGUUUAAUUAUCCUAAGUCUUCAGGGUUUUAAAGACUUCUAAUUUUUGUACCAUUUUGAGGUAGUAUUUGAUUGUAAAGAAAUAGGACAUUAUUUGCCAGCUAAUCAAUUUUGCUUUUUUAAAAAGAUACAUUAAUGAAGGUAUGAAAAUGUACUGUAUAAAUGUUAUCUGUCUUACACAUUUUUGUACAGCGGUUUGAUAGAGAAGUGAUGUUUACAUGAUAAGCUCUUGAGACUUGUGAUUUGGGGGUGGGGGGGAACUAAAAGUAUCUACUAACUAAAACUUGGAUUCCAUCACUGAAAUAAAAGUAGUUUUGAAAGUGAA